UAGCGGACAUGAAAAUGCUGACUCACCAAGGGUUUUGUUCAUGACCAAGGUCCUGUUCAUUGGUAGCGGGGACAAAGGAAUCAUUGACGAGGUUCUGAUGGAAGACCGGAACCAGACCGGCUAAUAUGUGACUAGCUUGGUGAACAUUCAUUAAAGCAGUCUCUUACUGUCCUUAUAAGAGGCGUGUCAGGUGAGGAAAGGGGAGGAGUCAGCGCGGACCACUUAAAAGGACAUCUGUGAAGUACUUUGACUUGAUAUUGUGGACGUUAGCGGCAUAAAGAAGGAGUCCACAAUGCAGGACUACGAGAACCUGGUGGUCUCUUUCCUGGGGACUUGGGGUCCUUACCAGAGGCGAGUGUUCUUCCUGCUGUGUUUCUCCGUCGUCCCCACGGGGUACAACCUGCUGUGCCCCCUCUUUCUGCUGGCCACGCCCCCGCACACCUGCCGGAUCCCAGCCAACGUGAGCCAGAGCUGGAUCCAGGCUAGCAUCCCAGCCCAGCUGGUGGAAGGACACUGGGAGCAAAGCGCUUGUCGACGCUUUGAACCGGACUUCAUCCAGAACCAGAGCACACCGGGACCAGGAUCAGAAAUUCUGCUGUCGGAGCUGAAGCAGGAAAUUUGUAAGGACGGUUGGACCUUCAGCAAAGAGCACUACCAGUCCACUGUGGUCACUGAGUUUAGUCUGGUGUGUGAGGACCAAUGGAAAGCACCUUUUACCUCUGUCGUCUACUUCCUGGGUGGACUGUUCGGAUGCUUCAUCUCGGGUCAAAUCUCAGACAGGCUGGGCAGGAAGCCGGUUCUGUUGGUUUCCAUUGCGGUGCUAAGCAUCUUCAGCGGCGCUUUGGCACUGGCGCCUUCCUGGGAGGUCUUCACCGUCCUCUUCUUCAUGCUGGGGAUGGGACAAAUCAGCUGCUACGUGGUGGUCUUCGUGCUCGGCUCCGAGAUCCUGAUGGGUCCAACAAGAGUUCUGUUCUGCAGUGUGUCUCUGCCUUGCUUUUACGUGUUGGGAAUGUUGCUGCUGGCCGGCACCGCCUACCUGAUCCCAACCUGGCGUAUCCUGGCGCCGAUCAUGGGCCUGCCUGGUCUGGCCUGUGUGCCGCUGUGGUGGUUCCUGCCUGAGUCUCCUCGCUGGCUGGUGUCUCGUGGGCGUCUGAGAGAAGCUGAAGUUCUGUUAAAGUCGGCGGCACUGGAAAACCACCUGGAAGCGCCACAAGUCAUCUUCGACCCCCCCGAGGUGAGGACGCCUUGCGGUCUUGGUCCAAACCACCUAAAGUCUCUGCAGGUGGAGAACCCGACGAGCCUCAAGUCUGUGGGUUUUCUGGACCUGUUGAAGACUCGGAACGUUCGCUAUGUCACGCUCAUCUUGUGGCUGGUCUGGUUCUCUCUCAAUGUCAGCUACUUUGGCGUGUCCUUCAACAUGUCCGGCUUCUACGGAAACCCGUUCCUCAACUACUUCCUGGUGUCGGUUGUGGAGCUGCCGGCGUACAUGGCGAGCUGGCUGGCGGUGCGUCGUCUUCAUCGCCGCCUGUCUAUCACCAGCUUCUCCCUGCUGGGAGCACUGGCGCUGCUGCUGAUCCAGAUCACCAUCAACAGCGAUCCAAAUGUGACCUUGUUCCUGGUUCUAGUGGGUAAAUUUGGCCUACUGGCUGGCCUCAGCGUCUUGUACACUUUCAGUGGCGAGUUGUACCCCACAGUGAUCCGGAACACAGCCGUGGCCUCCUGCGCCACCUUCUCCAGGAUGGGUUCCUCAGUGUCGCCUUACCUGCUGCAGCUGGCCGUGUUCAAUCAGUACCUGCCGUGGAUCAUCGUGGGUUGUCUGAUGGUUCUCAGCGUUCUCCUGUGCGUCCUCUUGCCCGAGACCUUCAGAAGGCCGCUUCCAGACACCAUAGAGCAGAUGGCCACCACGCAGGGGUGUACCUGUGGUGCAAAGCAUGAUGGGAAAACAGCUGAGGAUCAAAUAUCAGUACCAGAGAUCAUCUAUACGAGUCACUUUUAAAGGCCUACUGAAACCCACUACUACCGACCACGCAGUCUGAUAUAAAUAUUAACAUUGCAACACAUGCCAAUACGGCCUUUUUAGUUUACUAAAUUGCAAUUUUAAAUUUCCCGCAAAGUGUCCUGUUGAAAACAUUGCGGAAUGUUGACGUGUACGCGUGACGUCACGGACUGUUAGGAAAUAUUAGCACUGCGCACACACACAGCUAAAAGUCGUCUGCUUUAACCGCAUAAUUACACAGUAUUUUGGAGAUCUGUGUUUCUGAAUCUUUUGCAAUCUGUUCAAUUAAUAAUGGAGAAGUCACAGUAGAAAGAUGGAGUUGGGAAGCUUUAGCCUUUAGCCACACAAACACACGGUGAUUCCUUGUUUAAAAUUCCCGGAGGUGAAACUUUACUAUGGAUCAGAGCGGUCAAGCAAACAUGGAUCCCGACCAAAUGUCAAACAGCAGGUUUCGGUGAGAAAAUUGUGGUAAAAAGUCGCCACUUACCGGAGAUCUGCUGAGCUUGUGCCAUCCGUACAGCUGCCAUCGACUUCCAUCAGACACUGGCCUCAAGACACCCGUGGACACACACCUCCUACUAUCAGGUAAUAAUUAACUCACUAAAACAUUAGCAACACAAUAGAAAGAUAAGGGAUUUCCCAGAAUUAUCCUAGUAAAUGUGUCCAAAAACAUCCGAAUCCGUCCCAAUGCAAUCACGUUUUUUAUUAUUAUUUUUUUUUCUAGUCCGUCGCUAUCAAUAUCCGCAAACACGAAUCUUUCAUCCUCGCUCAAAUUAAUGGGGAAAUUGUCGUUUUCUCCGUCCGAAUAGCUCUUUUUGUUGGAGGCUCCCAUUAAAAACAAUGUGAGGAUGUGAGGAGCCCUCAACGGGUGACGUCAUCGUCUGCGACUUCCGGUAAAGGCAGGGCUUUUCUGUUAGCGACCAAAAGUAGCAAACUUUAUCGUCGAUGUUCUCUACUAAAUCCUUUCAGCAAAAAUAUGGCAAUAUUGCGAAAUGAUCAAGUAUGACACAUAGAAUGGACCUGCUAUCCCCGUUUAAAUAAGAAAAUCUCAUUUCAGUAGGCCAGCUCAAGGACUACAUUCUGUCAAGGCUGGACGGCACAGUCUCAUGUUGUCCACCAGAGGACGACAAGGCGCCACCAAAGCUUCAUGUCAUUUUUUUUUUUAUUACUGAACAGAGAUUUUUAUUGUAAUACCUAGACCAGUGUUUUUCAACCACUGUGCCGCGGCACACUAAUGGGCCGUGAGAUACAGUCUGGUGUACCGUGGGAGAUUAUGUAAUUUUACCUAUUUAGGUUAAAAAUAUUUUUUGCUAACCAGUAAUUAUAGUCUGCAAAUGUGUUGUUGUUGAGUGUCUGCUGUCUAGAGCUCGGCAGAUAACCGUGUAAUACUCUUCCAUAUCAGUAGGUGGCAGCCAGUAGCUAAUUGCUUUGUAGAUAUUGGAAACAGUGGCAGGCAACGUACAGGUAAAAAGGUGUCUCAUGCUUAAAGCAAAAAUAUAAACAAAAGUUGAGUGCCCCCAAGAAAAGGCAUUGAAGUUUAUGGAAGGCUACGGAAUGCAAAACAAAAGUAAAACUGAACUGGCUACAAAGUAAACAAAAACAGACGACAGAAAAGACUUACUGUGGAGCAAAGACAGCGUCCACAAAGUACAUCCAUACAUGGCAUGACAAUCAACCAUAUCCACAGUAAGAUAGAUAACAACAACUGAAAUAUUCUUGAUUGCUAAAAUUAAGUAGAUGUGGGAAAUAUCGCUCCAAGGAAGACAUUAAUCUGCUACAGGAAAAUACCAAACAAAGAGAGAAAGCCACCAAAAUAAGAGCGCAAGACCAAAACUAAAAACACUAUACACAGUAAAACAUUAAAAAACUCCAAAUAAGUCACGCCGUGAUGUGACAGGUCGUGACAGUACACCUACUUUGAGACAAGAGCUAUAUUGAUGCGUGCUUGGUUGUGGUUUAAAGUCAUAUCCAACAAUUGCGACAACCACUUUUUACUGUCAACUGAGAUUUGUUUUUUUUAUGAUUUCUGCUGGUGGUGUGCCUCCGGAUUUUUUCAACGCAAAAAGUGUGCCUUGGCUCAAAAAAGGUUGAAAAUCACUGACCUAGACAAUGUCAUUUUCUGUAAAGGUACCAGAGAGUAAAUAGAUUUUGACAUUCCAUUUGUGUUUGGGUAAAAUACUAGAAGUAGUUUGUGAAACUAAAACACAGGCUAAGGAUCUGGAAUCAUUUCCUCCAGAUUUGGUCAAAUAUUUAUAAACUAACUUUGUACUAACUAAUUAAGUACUUUGUUCAUAUUAUUAUGUAGUAAUGAAGUAAUCCUUCUUAGACCCAUUUUUUAUUUAGGAUGCCACAUGUUGCUCUCAUGUUUUUCUGUCAUUUUGCUUUCUACAUCUUCGUAUUAUGCUGGUUAGCCUGUUCUGUUAUUUUCUGCCUCUACAGAUCUUUGUGUAAUAAAUGGUCUAUAUAAAGUAUUCUUCUUGCUACAAGCAUUUUUCAAUCUCUGUGUCAUCCAUGGUUGAUUGCUCUUCUUUGACGUCCCACUAAGUUGUCUCCAUACACAAUGUUUGUCAUAAAGUAUUGAAACAAUGACCAUGUGCAUCAUCUAGAUCAGGCCUUGGGAAAUUAUUUUGACUCAGGGGGCCAAAUUUACAGAAGAAAAUGUGUCUGGGGGCCGGUAUAUCUCGUUUUAGGAACACAAAUGUUGUAUUUUGAGCUACGACUGGACCCCAGGAUGCAGAGACGGGAGGCGAGGUUGAAUCACAAAAAAUAGUUUGUCUUUAAUAAUUACAAAAAGAGAUUAACUAAAGGCGAUGGGGCAGAAGUGCACACCAUGGAGAUACAAAACAGAAGGAGGACUCUAGGAGGCCAGCAAAAGCUUUCAACGAAAAAACUUCUCAAUUACUGAGGAACUAGGAAGCAAAAACGAGAGGUAAGGAAUGAUGAUAAAGAGAGAGCACGUACCGAGUUAGAGGAUGCGAGUCAGGCAUGAGCACAUGGAGAGCACAGGUGACAAUAACCGGCAAGGAGCAGCUGACUCUGAUGGUCUUAUAUAGUGCCGGGUGGUGAUUAGUCGCAGGUGUGCCUCGCUGGAACUACUGGGUAGAGGAGGAACUAACACAAAAGGCAACAAGGAGAAGACAGUAAAAUAACAAAAACACAACAACAAAUACAAAACCUUACAAUAAUGUCUGAUCGAAUGCCAAAAACAUGAUAGAAUGAUUAUUAUUUUGUUUAUCCGAAUGAGACACCCUGAAUGUACAAAUGUUUGUACAUGAAAAUAAAGAAUGAGGAAUUUACAAUAAUAACUAUGAAGGGUAAAACACUGAAUAUUAACAACAUAUGAAUGUCACACCCCCUCUCGAUUGACAUAUUAUACAAUCAAGCAAAACGCAAUAAAAAUGCAACAAACAGCGAAAUAUGGACACGGAUAGUAAAAAAACCCCACCUACAAUCUGAUGCAUCUGAUACAUCACUGAGCUUUAGAACUUUUUUGUAAAAAUGUCCUUCCGCGUCUGUCCCUGACACCCGCAUUUCAGGCUCUGGAAAAUCUCUGUGGAAACGCUCCCCACCCACACUGCUUGGUUCCUUCGUCUGAGCUGCUGUGACUUAGAUUACCAAAGUAACUCAUUAGAUUACCACAGUAACAAAUUAUAUUACCCUAGUAACUAGUAUAUCAUGCAAAAGCGCAGAUUCCAACCAUUGAAAUACUUUGUAUAGUUCAAGACUUACGGUCAUUAGAAAACAUCACUGCGCAUCAUAUUGGCAGCUACACUUUCCAGCUUAAAUAUCUACAAAAAAUUAUUUGGGAAUGUCCGGUGGGCCGGAUUGAAAUGCUUAAAGGGCUGCAUGUGGCCCCCGGGCCUUAACUUGCCCAGGUCUGAUAUAGAUCAUUUUCACUGUGCACAUUGUCCCAAUGUUGUUCUCUCAGAUGAACGUUCAUACUUUUCUCUGUAGUUUGUGUCAUAGAUUGUGAAAACUGGUACAUGUUCACUGAUAUUACUUGUAGUAAUAUUAACAAAACUCAUUGCUCAAUAUAUGAUCAAUAAGCGGGGCAAAGUGUCCUGCAAUAUUGUAAUUUCUGGAUAUAAACUCAAGCUGUACAUUGUAUAUAUGGAGUCAUCAAUGGCAUUUUGCUAAUUAGGGUUCCUAAGAUCAUUGUUGAAGUUGUUUCGAUCCACUUCAUGGAUUGUUUGUUCUUUGCUUUUGUGUAUGUUUUGAUCACGUUUUGGACUCUGCCGAUCCCAGUAUUUGAACACUUCCUUGUUUACUUUCGUCACCAUGGCUUCGUCAUUUGUUUCGGGCUCCCAAGCACCUACGGACAAUGCUGAGCACCCACGAGGGAUUGAUGGCAACUUUCAACAUUAAUUUUUUUUUUUUUUUUAAAUCAAUCUUGUAGUUAAUUUUGUGGCGAGUUUGGUCCGUUUUACAAAAUAAUAAAGCCACAAAUUAUAUGGGAUAUUAACUUCUCUGAAUGUCUUGUUUUUUUAAUA